UGUAUAUUCCCUCUAGGUUGGGUAGUGCACUCUUGGUGGUACAGUACGUUCAGCUGAUCUACUCUCUUUAGGGCUUUACGGUCUGUAUCAGUCUGUGUGACCUCAGUUUCGUCUACUGUCUGUUCUGACUUAGUUUGUCUUUCGUGGACUCAUCCCUCUCCUUGGCUUCUGAGCACCACACGGAUACAGUUGAAUAUGCCAAUGGACAGCACAUGUUGAAAUCACGGAUGGCUGGUGUUACUAUUUAUAAAGCAGCUUAGUCACGCCAAAUCUAUAUAAGAUACUGUCAGUGUAGGCCUAAAUGCUUAUUAGGGUCAUUGAAAUGGUAGGCCUAUAGAGCCAUUCCAGAGUUUCAUUGGAAAAAAAUACUUUAGCUCACAGUCAAUUUCAACAAGUGAAUUUACUUCACUCAUUUUCAUCUUAACUCCUGAGAAUAAAUUAGUGAUAAAUGAACAUUACCCAUAAUUCAUAGUCUCCUUAAACUCUUGGUAUUUGCACAACAUUGCCUUUGUGCAUUAAUGAAAAAAAAAAAUUAUAUGGGUUUCUGAUUUGAACCAAGGAGAUCUAUGUUUAACUCGAAGUUGUAUAUUUCUCCCAUAACAAGUCAAGACAGAUGUGCGGAUGAAGUUUGACUAACUGGAUUAACUUCUUGCGUCACUGACAGAAGUAACUGACUUCAUUCACCCUUUCCACAAGUUUCCACACAACCUGUCACCCUCAGACAUCUGGCAUGACUUCUCCCAUCUGUUCAUGUGCUUAUGUGUCUCAGCAAUAUAUCCCAACACAACAUUGAUGAGCCUACUUGUUCUUCUUCCUUUAAAAGAAAUCUUGAAACGUAAACUAGAAAUGUCCAGCUUCAUUGUCCUCUACUGAGGCUGAGGGUCUCAAACUUUGCUUUGCACUGCUUAGUCCCCUGCCAGUUGGCACGUGUUGACGCAUGUUUAGCUGUUGUCUCUAAUGAGAUUGUCUGUAUUUAGUCCUCAGCUGUGAGGAGUCACAGGAGGAGACCAGACGUUAUAAGACUGUAGGCUAUAAAGGCAAGACUUUCAGAAACAAGUCAGCAGAGUGAAGUCAGUCGACAAACGGACUACGUUGGCGAACAAGGAUGGACUCAAAGAUGAAGAAGUCUCUGGGUGCUCCCCUAAGGCAUUUCACAACCUACGUUACCCAUGUGAAAGACAGUCACAGGAGCCGCAGAAGGAGUCUGACUGGUCGCCGAAAGAGCGCCCCUUGCUUGUCUCAUACGACGCAUGACUCCUGGAUCCAAGCCUAUCAAAGCGAUCUCAUCAGAGAGAGAAAUCUGAGGAAAACUGAGGUAGCUCAGAAGAAUGCCCAGAGAGCAGCCAGAAGAACCUGCUUCCAAAACCAUCGCCCCAUGUCCAUGGACUCCAAAAGGCUGAGUUCCACACACAAGACAAAUUUUACUCGUGACUUCAACGGAAUGGUCCGUUCCAAUGUCCCUGGCAGGAGUGAGGACAUGUUUGGUGCCUUCCAGGGGCUCAGUCUCAACAUGGGAAGUGUUCCAACAUCUAUGGCAACUCCGCCUAAUGCUGAACAGUGCAAGGUCAUGUAAUCAUGUCCUGAACAUUGAUGUGUUGUCAUUUGUACCAUCAUAUUAGAAUUUUGACUCAUACUAUGAUUGCACUGAUGGAGAUCUGUAAAAGAUGCAGUACAGUUGUAGGCUAGGCCUAGCCUACUGCUUCAAUGGAAACAUGCACUUUACAGGAAAGUAGCCACUCUCGCUGUCGGGCCAGUGGCAAUGGGCCUACCGGCGGUUGGCGAAUUAAGGUGAGAAGAAUCCCCGAGAGAAGAUGAAAUGAUGUAAACUUGGGACCUGAAAUAAGAUGCGCCUACCUCUAUGCGCAUUGUAUAUGUCUAUGGACUCUUUAGGAGCUAUAAAAGCAGGCUAAGAUUUUUCUUAUGGGAACAGAGGGCUAAUUGUUUCAUACCAUAUGAUACUAUUAAUUCACGAGGAAAUAGCCUGCAGCUGUAUGACUGUAUUAGUAGUGGGCCACUUUUAAAACUAAUAUUAUAUAAUAAAUUCUAUCUAAUUUUUUAAAACUAAUAUUAUGAUUUGUUUAUCUUAUUUGUUUAUUAUUGUUGAUACUCUUUUAAAUUGAUAGGCUACUCUUAUAAAGUCGUGGCCCAAACAUCCUUUAAUACUUGAUUAAAAAAGGAAACAUUUUGUAUAAUUAAAGAGACAAACCAAUUUCGUGUUGAU